AUGUCAGAUGUCGACGCGAGAAUACAAGGCAUAGAAGACACGCUUAAGAAGCUCCUAAUUAUCGUGGAGGAGGACUAUUUCGACGAACUAAUCACCCAUCCGUGCGGCAUUGCCAGAUUGUUGUGCUACAAGAGCAAUCCGACUCCCGAAAACGCGCAGGAGAAGUCUGAGGAGCAGUUGGAACAAGAAGAGAAACUCGGAUUGGGUGCGCACACGGAUUAUGAGUGCUUUACCCUGCUGUUGAACUCGGCCAACCCAGGUCUGGAGAUAUUGUUGCCGACACGCUUAAGAAACUCCUAA